AUGCCUGUCGUUGAAAACAAGAAGAAGUGGUAUCAUGUACAAUGGUACUCCGACACCGAUACCCCAGAGGAGCGCAAGUUCAUCGCCAAACUUGAUCUCCUCAUUGUCCCCUACGCGGUAAUUGCAUAUUGGGUCAAAUAUAUCGAUCAGUCCAACUUGAACAAUGCCUAUGUCGCUGGUCUCAAGGAGGACCUAGGUUUUAAAGGCAAUGAACUUGUCCAACUCCAGACAUUUUACAUCAUCGGCGCUGUUACCGGCCAGAUCCCCUUCUUCUUCCUUCUCACAUACAUCCCCAUCCACUGGCUCCUACCAUUUCUUGAUGUCGCCUGGGGCGUCUUUACUCUUUUGCAAUACCGAGUCACGAGCUUCGCCGAGCUAGCAGCUUAUCGAUUCCUUGUAGGAUGGUUUGAAGCAGCUUUCUUCCCAAUCAUGCACUACCUCUUCGGCUCUUGGUAUAAAGGAAACGAAAUCGCUCGACGAGGUGGUAUCUUCUAUGUUGGCCUAUCUCUUGGAACACUUACAGCUGGCCUUAUUCAAGCUGGGGCUUCCGCUCGACUUGAUGGUGUGCAUGGCUUGGAAGGAUGGCGUUGGAUGUACAUCAUCUGCUCACUCAUCACCAUCCCCGUCGGCCUUUUGGGCUUUCUCAUUAUCCCUGGCACCCCAGAUCAACCAAACCGUCGAGUCCUGAAUCAACAUGAUAUCGAUGUCGGAGAGAAAAGACUGAAACGUGCAGGACACCAAUCUCAUGGCAAGAUGCAAUGGGUUCAUCUGAAAAAGGUACUUCUCAGUCCUCAAUUUUGGGGAAUUAUUGCUGUUGAUAUACUCUUUUGGAACGCUGGUACCCACAGCAGCUCUGGAUCAUUCCUCUUGUGGAUCAAGAGUCUGCAACGGUAUUCGAAAGCAAAGGUCAAUGAGCUGGGUACUAUCGCACCGGCCCUUGGUAUCUUUUACACGUUGUUCGUUUGUUUUGCAUCAGAUCUGGUCCUUGGUCCUGCGUGGGCCAUCACAGUGUCGACUGUCUGGAACGCCCUUGGCCUUAUUAUUCUCACUAUAUGGAAUGUUCCAGAGUCAGCACUUUGGUUCGCAUAUUCAACAAUCUACGCAUCAGUCGCUUUGUCUAGCGUUCUUCAUGGCUGGGUCAAUACACAACUUCGAGCAUCUCCAGCUGAACGAUCUUUUACAUUGGUCCUGAUCAACGCCAUUUCCCAAUCUACAACGGCUUGGACUCCUUUGCUUGUCUUCCCUACGGUUGAAGGCCCUCGGUUUCCGAAAGGUUACCCAUUCGCUUUGGGAUGCGCGAUUGGUCUUCUCAUUGCUACGCAUGCCCUUCAUUUGUGGUUGAAACACCGAGACUGCAAUAUUGAGCAACUUACCCGCUAA